GUCAAACAACAUUGUGCGGUGUAUAUUGGAACUGUCAUUACACCGAAUACACACACUUCAUUUGCGGCUGGGACACUGAAUAGACCGGGUUUUUGUUCGUUCAAUAAAUUAGUUGGAACUCUGUUGAAUAGCUUCAAUUUUGUUUUUAAAGUUGAAAUAAGCGCAUUUUUCGCUCUCUCUCUCUCUCUCUAACGACAAAAUGCAAGUCCAAGUGAUUAGCUUAGUGAUUUGUGCCGUUCUAUCGGCCGCUUUUGCCGAUGUUUUCUUCGAAGAAAAAUUCAAAGAAGGCAACUGGGAAGACAACUGGGUGUACAGCAAGGCUGAGGGCAAAGAAUUUGGCAAAUUCGAAUUAACUGCUGGCAAAUUCUAUAACGAUGCUGAAAACGACAAAGGUCUUCAAACAUCACAAGAUGCUCGAUUCUAUGCUAUUUCCCGUAAAUUCACUCCAUUCAGUAACCAAGACAAGCCAUUGGUGUUGCAAUUCUCCGUGAAACAUGAACAAAACAUUGACUGCGGCGGUGGCUACUUAAAAGUCUUUGAUUGCUCAUUGGAACAAACCAAUUUGCACGGUGAAACCCCAUAUUUGAUGAUGUUUGGCCCAGACAUUUGCGGACCUGGCACCAAAAAAGUGCACGUUAUCUUCAGCUACAAGGGCAAAAACCAUUUGAUCAACAAGGAAAUCCGAUGCAAAGACGAUGUCUUCACUCAUUUCUACACAUUGAUCGUGCAACCAGACAACACAUACGAAGUUUUGAUCGACAAUGAAAAGGUUGAGUCCGGUAAUUUGGAAGAUGACUGGGACUUUUUGCCACAAAAGAAAAUCAAGGAUCCAGAAGCAAAAAAACCAGAAGACUGGGACGAACGCGCCACCAUUCCAGACCCAGAUGACCAAAAGCCAGAAGAUUGGGACAAGCCAGAAACCAUCCAAGACCCAGAAGCCACCCGACCAGAUGAUUGGGAAGAUGAAAUUGACGGCGAAUGGGAACCACCAAUGAUUCCAAACCCAGAAUACAAAGGCGAAUGGUCACCAAAGCAAAUCGACAAUCCAAACUACAAGGGCGUGUGGAAGCAUCCAGAAAUCGAUAACCCAGAAUACACACCAGACCCCAACUUGUACUUGCGCGAAGAAGUGUGCGGUGUUGGUUUGGACUUGUGGCAAGUGAGAUCGGGCACAAUCUUCAGCAAUUUCUUGAUCACCGACGACAUUGAAUACGCCAAGGCUCAAGCUGCCGGUGUCAAAGCCACUCAAGAAGGUGAAAAGAAGGUCAAGGAUCAACAAGAUGAAGAAGAGCGCAAGAAGGCUGAAGCCGAAGUCAAGGCCGCCGAACCAGCACCUAAGGACGAUGAAGAUUUGGAUGAUGAAGAAGAUGAAGCUACUGGCGAAGCCACACCAGCCGAAGAGCACGACGAAUUGUAAAUUCCAAACCGAUUGUCAUCCGCACACACACACACACACACACAAACACACACAAGCAAACGACAAUUUUCAGCAUCAUCUCAUCUUAAGACAAACCACCACCAACAACAACAAAAGCUUGUCAUUUUCUUUCGCGCCGUGUCAGUCCACCACAUUCACAUUACACACUUUACGGGUGUUUUUGUUCUAGUUUGCUUUGCUUGCACAAUAACCCCGCAAAUGAAAUUCGCGUGCUCACAAUUAUCCUAGCGAUAUAUUUGUUGAACUGCAAACGGCAAAACAAUGUUAAGAGAUCCAAUUUUUUGUGUAGAUUUUCGUAUUGUGUCUAAAAGAAAAACUAAUAAUGAAAUCAAAAUAGGCUGUAAAUAAUUAAUUGGAAUUUUUUUUUAAUAGGAAUGGAAAACAAUGCUAAAGCGAAAUGAGAAAAAACAAAAAAUAAGAUGUCAAAAAAUUUAUGCAUAAAAAUUUCUUUUUUUAAUUUAAAUGUCAGUAAUUUAAAAGAAAAAUACAAAGAAAGGAAAUAGUUGUAAUAUUUUCUUGUGUAAACGAAAAACAUAUUUGUUUUAGAAAUGAAUUUUGGUUUUCUUCUUCCUCUUUUGAAUCAAAAAUAAAAUCGAAGAUUGAAAUUGAA